AUGAACCCAAUCUGUUGGUGGAUGAACCCAAUCUGUAGGUGGACGAACCCAAUCUGUAGGUGGAUGAACCCAAUCUGUAGGUGGAUGAACCCAGUCUGUUGGUGGAUGAACCCAAUCUGUAGGUGGACGAACCCAAUCUGUAGGUGGAUGAACCCAAUCUGUAGGUGGAUGAACCCAGUCUGUUGGUGGAUGAACCCAAUCUGUUGGUGGAUGAACCCAAUCUGUUGGUGGAUGAACCCAAUCUGUAGGUGGAUGAACCCAAUCUGUAGGUGGAUGAACCCAAUCUGUUGGUGGAUUAACGCACUGUGUUGGUGGAUUAACGCACUCUGUUGGUGGAUUAACGCGCUGUGUUGGUGGAUUAACGCACUCUGUUGGUGGAUUAACGCGCUGUGUUGGUGGAUUAACGCGCUGUGUUGGUGGAUUAACGCACUCUGUUGGUGGAUUAACCCACUCUGCGAAUUGUUACUGUAUCUCUUACGCUGA